CACGCAUGCGCCCAAAGUCCAGGCCUGACCGUCUCGUGCCCCAGUGCUAUCAUGUCUGCCGUCUGAAUGGUUUGCAUUUGCUAGCCGGCUCGUUUGAAAAAGUAUCUGGUGGAGGUCGAGUGGAGAUUUACAAAUCCGCCAUGGCGGACAUCAAGAACUUCCUGUAUGCUUGGUGUGGGAAGAAGAAACUAACACCCAGCUAUGACAUUCGAGCCGCUGGAAACAAAAACCGACAGAAGUUUCUGUGUGAGGUUCGUAUUGAGGGAUUCAACUACACUGGAAUGGGAAACUCCACCAAUAAGAAGGAUGCCCAGGCAAAUGCUGCUAGAGACUUUGUCAAUUAUCUUGUCCGAGUUGGAGAAAUGAAUGCAGCAGAAGUCCCAGCCCUUGGGGCAAGUGGACCUGACUUCAGUGUGCCUGACUGUGGAGGAGGGGUUGAUGGAGGGAACGUUAGCUUUGGAAGUCUUCCUCCAAGUGGACCUAUCCCUCCUCACCUGGUUGUGAAAGCUGAGCAAGUGAAUGCACCUUCUGCGCCAGUCCCAGGUGUCACUGGUUUGGGAUAUUCGGGCGGUAGCGGUGAUUAUUCCGGAGGUGGCGCAAACAGCAAUGCUCCGUGGGAUCGUGGGGCUAAUCUAAAGGACUAUUACUCAAAGAGAGAUGAGCAGGAGGCACAGGCAACUCUGGAGUCUGAGGAGGUAGAUCUGAACGCAGGACUCCAUGGCAACUGGACUUUAGAGAACGCCAAGGCCCGUCUGAACCAGUUUUUCCAGAAGGAGAAGAAUCAAACAGAUUACAAAUACAGCCAAGUUGGGCCUGACCACAACAGGAGCUUUAUUGCUGAGAUGCAGUUAUUUGUAAGACAGCUUGGUAGAAAGAUAAUUGCCCGUGAGCAUGGCUCUAACAAGAAGCUUGCGGCCCAGUCCUCUGCGCUGUCUAUCGUCCGUCAACUUUACCAUCUAGGUGUCAUUGAGCCUUAUUCUGGCGUUACUAAGAAGAAAGAGGGGGAAAUUUUGGAAGCUUUUGAGGUGAAUGUGGUGGAUGAUCUGCAACAUCAGCUGCAGAGUAUGGCCCAAGAACUGGGUGUUGUAAUUCCACCUCCACCACCUGAUCCAAGUACUCCAGUGUCUUUGGUCCAAGGGAAGAUGGCUGUGUUUGAGCCCUCCCAGAGACAGAGCAUGGCUGGGGUGGUGCCCUGGUCCCCUCCGCAAGUCAACUGGAACCCCUGGACCAGCAGCAAUAUUGACGAUGGACCACUGGCAUUUUGCACCCCAGAGCAAAUCAGCACUGACCUCCAUCAUGAGCUGACUUAUCAAUUGGAACAAGAUCAAAGCUUACAGAAGGUCAUUGGGGAGCGAGACGGGCUUCCAGUGAAGAACUUUGAGGAGGAGAUAAUGACUGCCGUUCAGGGCAGCUCAGUGGUGAUCAUUCGAGGGGCGACCGGCUGUGGCAAAACCACCCAGGUUCCUCAGUACAUCCUGGAUCAGUUCAUCAAGAGUGGGAGGGCAUCCGAGUGUAACAUUAUUGUAACCCAGCCCCGGCGUAUCAGUGCAGUGUCUGUGGCAGAGCGUGUUUCCUACGAGAGAGGAGAGGAUGUUGGUAAGAGCUGUGGGUACAGCGUCCGCUUUGAAUCCAUCCUCCCACGACCCCAUGCCAGCAUCAUGUUUUGCACUGUUGGUGUGUUACUGCGGAAGCUGGAAGCAGGUAUUCGCGGGAUCAGCCAUGUGAUUGUGGAUGAAAUCCACGAGAGAGACAUCAAUACUGACUUCCUCAUGGUGGUGCUGAGGGACGUGGUCCAGACCUACCCAGAGGUCCGCAUCAUCCUUAUGUCUGCCACCAUCGACACCACCAUGUUCAGAGAGUACUUCUUCAACUGCCCUGUCAUCGAGGUGUUCGGCCGCACAUUCCCAGUACAAGAGUACUUUUUGGAAGAUUGCAUUCAGAUGACGCAUUUCAUUCCACCUCCGAGUGAUAGAAAGAGGAAGGACAAGGAUGAGGAAGGAGGAGAUGAAGAGGCCAACUGUAAUGUGAUAUGUGGGCCAGAGUACACCCCAGAGACUAAGCGCUCCAUGGCCCAGAUGAAUGAGAAGGAGACUCCCUUUGAGCUGGUGGAGGCCCUGCUGAAGUACAUCGAGACCCUCCAGGUGGCCGGGGCCGUGCUUGUCUUCCUGCCCGGCUGGAACCUCAUCUACUCCAUGCAGAAACACCUGGAGAUGAACCCACACUUUGGGAGUCAACGGUACCUGAUUCUGCCUCUCCACUCUCAGAUCCCCAGAGAGGAGCAGAGGAGGGUAUUUGAGCCUGUACCUGAAAACAUCACCAAGGUGAUCUUAUCAACAAACAUUGCAGAGACCAGUAUUACCAUCAAUGAUGUAGUAUAUGUCAUCGACUCUUGCAAGCAGAAAGUGAAACUGUUCACGUCUCACAACAACAUGACCAACUACGCCACGGUCUGGGGCUCCAAGACCAACCUGGAGCAGAGGAAGGGUCGCGCCGGCCGCGUCCGGGCUGGCUUCUGCUUCCAUCUGUGUAGCAGAGCACGCUUCGACAAACUGGAGACCCAUAUGACCCCUGAGAUAUUCCGUACUCCUCUCCACGAGGUAGCCCUGAGCAUCAAGCUGCUGAGACUAGGAGCCAUUGGCCAUUUCCUUUCCAAGGCCAUCGAACCCCCUCCCCUGGACGCGGUUAUAGAGGCAGAACACACACUGAGAGAACUGGAUGCUUUGGACACAAACGAUGAGUUGACCCCGCUUGGUCGGAUCCUUGCAAAGCUUCCAAUCGAGCCGCGUCUGGGGAAGAUGAUGAUUAUGGGCUGCAUUUUCAAUGUUGGAGAUGCGGUGUGCACGAUCUCAGCAGCCUCCUGCUUCCCAGAGCCCUUCAUCAAUGAUGGCAAGCGCUUGGGCUAUGUGCACCGCAACUUUGCUGGCACCCGCUUCUCAGACCACGUGGCCCUUCUGUCAGUCUUCCAGGCUUGGGACGAUGUGAGAAUGGGAGGUGAGGAUGCAGAGUCCAGAUUCUGUGAACACAAGAGGCUCAACAUGUCCACACUGAGGAUGACCUGGGAGGCCAAAGUGCAGCUGAAGGAGAUCCUCAUCAACUCUGGCUUCCCUGAGGAGUGCUUGAUGACACAGAUGUUCAAUAACGUUGGACCCGACAACAACCUUGACGUGGUCAUCUCUCUCCUGACGUACGGUUCCUAUCCCAACGUGUGCUACCACAAGGAGAAGAGGAAGAUUCUCACCACUGAGGGGCGCAAUGCCCUCAUCCACAAAUGCUCCGUCAACUGCCCCUUCAGCAGCCAGGACAUGACCUACCCAUCACCGUUCUUCGUCUUUAGCGAAAAGAUCCGGACUCGAGCCAUCUCAGCCAAAGGAAUGACACUAGUCAGCCCACUCCAGCUGAUCUUGUUUGCCUCCAAGAAAAUCACAUCAAACGGGGAAAUCAUUGAACUGGAUGAUUGGAUCAAACUGAAGAUACCGCAUAACGUGGCUGGCUGCAUAGCUGCUUUGAGGGCUGGAAUGGAGGCACUUGUUGUUGAAGUCACCAAAGACCCUGAGUACAUCAAACAGCUGGAUCCCACAAACGAGCGCAUGCUCAACAUCAUCCGCCAAAUCUCCAAGCCCUCCGCAGCUGGGCUUAACCUCAUGGUCAACAAUAAACGUUUUGGAGAUGGUCCACGUCCUCCCAAGAUGGGCAGGUUUGACGGAGGAGGCGGAGGGUACCAGGGAGGAGGUGGCGGCUCUGGAUACAGGGGAGGAGGCGGCUCUGGAUACAGGGGAGGAGGUUACAGAGGCGGUGGAGGAUACCAGGGUGGCGGCGGAUACAGGGGCGGUGGUGGAGGUUACAGAGGUGGGGGUGGUUAUGGAGGGGGGAACAGGGGUGGGGGUGGUUAUAGAGGGGGGAACUGGGGUGGUGGUUAUGGAGGGGGGAACAGGGGUGGUGGUGGUUAUGGAGGGGGGAACAGGGGUGGUGAAUACAGAGGGGGCCAGGGAUAUUAGGGCAUUUGAAGGUUAGCUUUUUAGAUGUUGUUCAUUCAUGAUGUUUGACUGUUUUUGGCUGUAAUGUUAGAAGUGGGUUUAUGUAAGGAUAUUUUAGUUUUGCCUUUUGUGACCCCCCCCUGGUAUUAAGCAUCAAAAAACAAAUAGUAAUUUGUUGUUGUUUGGUUAAUGGAAAAUUCCAGAAGUAUUUCAUGUCAUGAGCCUAAUUUUGUCAGUGAUAUACAACUCAUGUAUGUUUCCUGCCAUUACUAAGUAAUAAAAUACACAUUUUUUCCAACACUG